AUGGAUGCUCAAGAUACCCAAGAACUCCUGCAAACUGCAAGCCGGGACAAUGCAGAGCCACGACCACCGCUACAGCCACAGUUACGGGAGCUAAACCGAGACUUCGUCUUCAACAUCCAGACCAUUAGUACUCAAAAUACCAAUGACACUCUCACUUACUGCAAUAGCCUUUUGCAAACCUACCAAGCCACUGGAGACGAGACCUGGCUACGGAAGCGCCGCCUGACGCUGCAGCGUUACCUUGUUGAUUUCGAGUACUUAAACGUUCAUCAAGACCAGGGCCGAAACGCCGUGCAGGAAGCUCUGGAGCUCUCAGUGCCGCACUCAUCCAGUAAAGCAUCCCCAAAUAAACCAGAUGGACAACCUGCGGAUAAAAAUAAGCAAGGAGCUUGGCAAUAUGCUCUACGAGUUCAACGGGACUACGUAUGUAGCAAGGCUGUAUUUCCUGAUGAUAUCUCGGAUCCUAAUGCGCCUAGCUCUAUUAAUGAUCAGGAUGUAGAGCCGUAUCCCAGAUACACCCCGCCGAAGGUGGAGUAUAAUUCCCCGGAGCCAGAAGCAAUCUCAAUACGCAACAAGAUCUCACGUUUUUGGGAUCUCAGUGGAGCACUCCGAUUCACUCUCUCUCCUACGAAGCCCUAUGGCUACGUGAAUCCUGAGGUGUACCUCGGGCGAUGGGACCGCAAAACCAACCAAUGGUGCGCAGCUAAUUGGGAACCCAAACGUGGGGGGUCCAAGGUGAAGGUCUAUGUCAUCUUGGCAACAGAGAAUCUUCCACGCGGUCCUAGCGGAAGUGUUGUGAGCAAGAAAAAGGAUCUGUCGCUCAGAGUUGUUCAUGUUGGAGGGACGAAGCUAGAGAAAGGUCGGGGUAGAAUCUUCUUCCGCGGUAUCGGACCGGAUUGGGAGGAAGAUAUCUGGUGUCCUUUGUCUGGCAGAAAGAUCAAGUCCGGCGACAUCUCCGACCACGACCUGGUGUUCUGGGUUAGCGAGGGCGUCUUAGAAGACUUUUAUCAUCUGCAUACCGACUUGGACGCCGAGAUGAAGCAUUGA